GAAGAAAAUCACAUUGGAGGUAGAUAAGGUAGGGGGAAGUGUUUACUGGAGAAUUUAACAUACUGUAAUCGUUCGCAAGGAACGAGAGACGAUGGGCGACGUGGAGAAGGGAAAGAAGCUGUUUAUCCAGACUUGUUCCCAUUGCCACACUCUGGAGGAGGGGGGGGGGCACAAGCUCGGUCCUAACCUCUGGGGCCUGUUUGGCCGGAAGACAGGGCAGUCGCCUGGAUACAACUACACAGAUGCCAAUGUUGACAAGGGUAUUGUCUGGGAGGAGAAGACACUGAUGGUGUAUCUAAGGAACCCUACAAAGUAUAUACCUGGUACAAGGAUAAUUUGUGCUGGUAUCAGAAAGAAGAAAGAGAGAGAGGACCUGAUAUCCUAUUUAAGGGAAGCUACUUUGUAGACACACGUGCACACUUCCACACGCACGCACACACAACUCUGCCUCUCUCUAAACACUGUACACACCUGUCGCUCACUAUAGUCUCCACAAACGUAUACACUAACACCCUCUUUGUUAGAUACUUUGUGCACACAGCUGUUACCAUUCACAUGCUGUACAUCAAAACUCUGACAGCCACACACAAACAUACAGCGUACAUUACAUGUUAGUGACGCUACAGUCAUUUAUUUUGUCUUUUCACUGAACGUUUAUUUGUGUUUUAUUUAUUUUUUUUAUCUUGGAAAAUAUUUGUUACAGUUUGUACUCUUUUCGUUUUUGUUUUGCUCUCUCUAUUAGCUAAUUCGUUAUUGUUCUUUUAUUACUGUUUAGGAGACAGAAAACUGUGAACAUACUGUACUGUACAUAAUGUAUUUUUUGUCAGAUUUAAAUGCAAAAGCCUUACUCUUUCUCAGGCACUUAGGGUUGAUUCUAAAAGCGUAACAUUCUAUGAAAACCUACAUUAUGGAGACCUCAAUCACAGUUCCUUAGCAUUCCUAACUGUAACAUUUUAUUUUGUUGUAUUCCA